GGAAACACCGUACACUGGCGGAUGGAUCAAAUGGGAGCUCCGAUGUGACGCACACAUGUGGUCAAAUUCUUGACUCGGAAUACUUCCUGCUUGGUUUCCUCUUCAUCAUAGUUCGUUGUUAUUCUGAGCUUGCAGCUUUCACUCCCUUGCUUCCCAGUGUACAGCCUUUUUCCUACUUUCUCUUCCAAUUAUCCAAAAUGCCUCAUCAACUGGAAAAGGAUGAGCAACAUCGGUCACUGACAUCUCAAUACGAAGACUCAACUGACGAUUGCGAAUCCGAAGUAUCAAAUAUUCCAUUUCGGCAUCAUCCGUGGCGAACGAGAUGGCAAGCAAGCAGCUAUUUCUCCUUGGCGCUAUUCAUCCUCACAGUGGUAAUCUCAGCAAUACUUGGAGCAUUGUUGGCAUUCCACAGCAUCAAUCUUGACAUAGAGUGCUCCCAUCAUACCACGCAGUACUCGCCCCUGCUCAAAGAUCUCGAUAUCAAGUACGACUGGGAAUACUUCAACGGUUCCUUCAAAGCCCAAACCAUCUACCGCCUGCCCGGCUCUCCAGAAGUAGACGAAGCAUGGGAAGCCUUAGGCGUAGACUCCCGCGCAUCCAUAAUCCCCUACUCCGAAGGCCUCCUCUCCGGCCUAAACCCGCACCACGUCCAAGUCUCCCCCAAAUACGGCGGUGGUUUCUUCGUCAACGUCGAAGGCAUGCACCACCUGCACUGUCUGAACCUUCUGCGCAAGGCGCUCUGGUACAACUACGAAUACUACAAAGACCUCGGAACGCACGCCUUCAAGAACGAGGAGUACAUUGUGCGUUUGCACGCGUCACACUGUCUCGACACGAUUAGACAGGUGCUCAUGUGCAAUGCCGAUACGGGAGUGCUUGGGCAGGUCUGGUAUAACCCUAAGGACGUCAGGGCGUUUCCAGAUUUUCAGACUAGACAUAAGUGUAAGAAUUUUGAUCAGAUUCGGAGGUGGGCGUUGGAGCAUCAGGCACCUGGGGAGGAGGAGAUGCCGGAAGAUUUUCUGAAGGCGCCGAGACGGGAAGAUGUGUUGAAUGUUGAUAUCUGA